CCCUCGUCGUGCUGGGUGCGCCGCGGGCCGCUGCGCGCCUAGCCGGCUACCCAGCGCCUGGGAGGCGACCCCCGUGCACCCCGGGUUCAAAGGCCCCCGCGCUGCAACUCCAGCCCCUCCGGGGGGCGGGGAGGCGAAAGGGGUGGUGCGGGAGCCAGAAAAGCCCUAACCCACAGCCGGCAGCCCUGAGCCGUGAUGGGCAGCGCGCUCUGAAGUUUGUGACGGUCGCAGCCGAGUCCUGGCCGCAGCCCGGGACGCGGCGAGCCAGCGGCCGGCCUCGAAGCAUCUGCAGUUGGAGGGUGAGGCCCGCUGUGCCCGGCCCGAGAGCCCGAGCGGGGUUCAUGGAGCUGGGGCUGUGCUUCCUUUUCGGGCUCGCUGUGACCUCCGCCGCAGGAUGGGUGCCUCACCCCCCGCCUGGGGAUGCUGGCAGGAGCAGCAUGCCCUGGGCCCCCUCUGCAGCCAGAUCGGAGGAGGCCACCAAGGAGACUGUGGCCACCAUGGCAGCCUGGGGUCCAGGCCCCAGAAGCCCUUGGCGGAAGCAGGGACCAAGUCAAUUUGGGAAGCAGGGGCCCAAGGGGGUCCCCGUGCACCACCGAGCCCGGCGCUGUACAUGUUUUACCUACAAGGACAAAGAGUGUGUCUACUACUGCCACCUGGACAUCAUCUGGAUCAACACUCCUGAACGGACUGUGCCCUAUGGAUUGUCCAGCUACAGAGGGAGCGGAAGCAGGGGCAGGAGGUCGGCUGGGCCGUUCCCACAGAGUCCACCGCCGGUGAAGGGGACGCUGCGCUGCGCCUGCGCGGAGAGCGAUGACGACGCCUGCUUGCAGUUCUGCACCUGGUCCCUGGCUGCCCGCGGGAAUUCAAGGUCGGCGCAAACACCUGACAAGGAAGUGGGAAAGCAGACUGGUGGUGCCCUGGGGGGCGUGCGUCUGAGGAGCUGCGCUCUAGUGGCUACGCUGAGAUUACUGAGCAGCUGAAGAAGACGGUGUUUUCAACCGUGGGGAUGGGGAGAGGCCGCCCAUCCCCUCCCCCUUCCCCUGCCGAGGUGCUAAUGCAAUGGUGGAUGCUGGGGUGUUAGCCUUGACCAAAUACUAAAUUCUCAAUGAGUAUUAUAAGGUACGAACGUGAAUAUCCAUCAUAAGGAAAUGGAAAGGACUGAUGUGCCAGCGAGAUGGUAUACAGUUUAGAGAAGCGAUUAUUUAUUGUGAAACUGGUCUCUACAUCAACUCCUUUCAGUGGAUGUGUUCGCAGCAGAAUCUCUGUACAUAGAGAUGUUAAAUUCUGUUCUGAAUCCCAACUCAUGUUCCUUAGGGCUUGAAUUACAUUUUUUUUAAACGCCUAAGCACUGUUUGGCUCUGUGGCAGGAUGGUAUCUCAGAAACGCAUUCAUUGUGCUAACACUCAGAAAAUACUGUCAAAUGCAAAAUAAAAAAAUCUGAAAGUUUGGUC